AUAUUUCUGCUUCUGUUACCGAACUCUCUUUGCUUUACAACUUUUUCUCCAUCUGAAAGAAGAAGAUGUCAGCUAUGGGACAACUCAUUGGAGGGUCCUUCCUCUCGGCCUUCCUUCAGGUGGCCUUCGACAGGUUUGCCUCUCCUGAGAUUAUGGAAUUCUUACUUCGAUGGAAAAUGGACUUGGAUGAAGUGGAGUCACUGAAGCGGACGUCAGCCAUGAUUCAGGCAUUAGCUGAUGAAGCUGAAGUGAAGCAAUUCACCAACGGUGCUGUGAAACUCUGGCUCGACCAUCUCAAACAACUCCUCUAUGAUGCUGAGGACAUACUGGAUGAGUAUGCCACUGAACUUCUACGCCUCAAAAUGGAAUCUGCUCACCAAACCCAACAGGUACGCAAUCCUGUUCCUCUCACUCCAUCAACUGAAAGUAGUGUUUCUUCUUGGUUGAACUCAGGCAUGGAAUCUGCAGUUAAGAGCAUCAAUGGAACUUUAGAAGGAAUAAAAGGCAUUGGGCCUAAGGUUUAUAACAUUGCUGAAGAGCUGCCGGAAAUUAAAAGAUUUGGAUCUAAAGUAAGGGAAAUUAACCAGAGGUUAAAAAGUGUAGCACAAGAAGGUGUUGCUCUUGGUUUGAACUCGAGCAUGGGAUUUGGGUCCUCAAGGCCCAUGGUAUUCAGUCAAAAGCCACCAACGAGUUCUUUGGUGAAUAAAUAUAAAGUUUUUGGCCGAGAGGAAGAUAUGGAGACGAUUGUUGGAUGGUUGCUAUCAGACAAAACUCAAUGUCCCAGUGACAAUGGCAAUAAUUUCUCAGUGCUACCCAUAGUCGGCAUGGGUGGAGUUGGGAAGACUACCCUUGCUCAACUUGUUUAUAACGAUGUGAAAGUUAAGAAGCAUUUUCAUUUGAAAGCUUGGGUCUGUGUAUCAGAGGAUUUUGAUGUGGUAAGGUUAACCAAAGAAAUUCUCGAGUCAGUUACUGGGUCAUCCCCUCCUAAUUCACUGGACCUGCUACAGGUGAAACUUCAAGAAGCUUUAAGGGAGAAAAGAUUCUUAUUGGUCCUAGAUGACGUGUGGAACGAGAACUACGAGAGAUGGGAUGCCUUCAGCACCGCGUUUGCAUUCAGUACACCAGGAAUCAAGAUAUUGGUUACAACACGGAACAAAGGUGCUGCAUCAAUUGUGCACACUGUUCCGAACGAUCAUUCUCUAAAAGUUCUGUCAGACGAGGCAUGUUUUGCAUUGGUUAGAAGGCACGCUUUCAUGGAAGAAAAUACCUCUGAUGCAAAUCAAAAGAUGGAAUUAUUUGGACAAGAAAUUGUGAAAAAAUGUAAGGGUUUACCUUUGGCUGUAAAGACACUUGCUGGCCUCUUGCGGGAUAAAAGAGAGAGUAGUCAAUGGAAAGCUAUUUUGGAGAAUAAAAUAUGGGAUUUCAGCGAAAGUGAGAUCCUUCCAUCACUCAUGUUGAGCUACCAUCAUCUCCCACCACUUCUGAAGAGAUGCUUUGCAUACUGUGCUUUGUUUCCGAAAGACUAUAUAUUCAACAAGAUGGAAUUAGUCGUCUUGUGGAUGGCGGAAGGUACUGUUCAACCAAAAGAAAGAAAACGGCUGGAAGAUGUAGGGGCUGGGUAUUUUGACGAACUAUUUAUGAGGUCUUUCUUUGAGUUAUCUAAUCGUCGUCAUGCUUUGGCGGGACUCCCGUUGUUUAUUGACUUAUCAAAAGAGCUUAGCACAAGAUCAUUUUUUGAGUCAUCCUGUAUCACGGGAUCAGGAUUUGUGAUGCACGAUCUGAUCCAUGAUUUAGCGCAAUUUGUUUCGGGUGGAAUAUAUUGUAGGAGAGAGUAUGAUAAGCCAUCCCAAGUUCUUACUACAGCCCGUCACUUGUCCUAUGUUAUGGACAAUUAUGAUGCUGAGAAGAUAGAAUUUGAGACCAUGAAAAGCUUACGCACCUUUCUAACUCUAAAUGAUAUUGUAGGUAGUCCCAGGUACUUUUUGCCCACCAUGCAAUUCCAAUUCCACUUCCUGCGUGUGCUUCGUUUCAGAAAUUGUUGCAAUUGUGAAUUGCCUGAUUCAGUUGGCAAGUUGAAACAUCUACGGUUUCUUGAUCUCUCGUUUUCUGAUAUUGUGAGGUUGCCCGACUCAAUUGGAAAUCUUUACAAUCUAUAA